AUGUGUUUGUCCACAAAUUUCUCUAAGCCCUUUCUGAGCGAAAAUGGCACCAUAGUUGCGAAUCCCUGUCUCGAAGACCUUUUCAAGCUUCCUUCCGACACUCACAAUAGUACUGCGGCGCAGCAUAAAAAUACAACUGCGGUACCUGCUAGUAUUGGUGCCUCAGAUGGUGCCGCUGUUGCUACAUCUACUGGCGAGGAGGGAAGUGAAGCAACGAAAGAUUAUGAGCAUUGAUUCUAGUGAUGUUUUUGGUGAAAUAGAAGAAAAUGUUGUGGUUAGUCGAAGGUACGAUUUUCGAACGCAAUGAAAUCAUCCUGUUGGAUAACAACAACAUUCUCUCUUCAGGUGCAUGAAAAAGUCCGUAAUCAAUGGUGACCUGUACUUGUCGCUAAGUCUACUCUUUCGUAGCUAGGUCUAUAGUGGUACUUCUCUACUGUUGACCUGUAAUUUCUGCAUUUUGGAUAGGCCAAAGAUUCAUUUGUAAAAAAGCCUUACUCUAGAGUAACUAACUAUUCUACUCUAAGAAAUUGCAGAAUCUCCUUCGUCCGGUACUGAAGUAGUUGAUCCAAUGCUGGAUAUACAUCCUACAAGAGCAGCUGGUUAUCUCGACCGUGACUUUGCGGCCCACACAGAAGAGCCGUCGCCUAUUGAUGGCAUUAGCGCGGAAGACUGGUAAGGAACAUAGUGAGAUUUGGUAAGGGAUGACCCUAAGAAAGGAUGUGAGAUUUGACCCAGAUUUCUUACUGAAAAACCAACAAACUUGUAAAAAAGAGUUGGAUUAUGAUCUUGCGAGUUGUUUACAUGUACAUGCGGAAGAUAGGUAAAUCUUCAACUUCAUAAGUACUCGUGGCAGAGAGGGUAUAUUAAUGUAAAAUUUACUUAAACUUACAAAGAAAAACAAGGCUUAUCUUCAUCUCGAAGUUCCUAUAUCCUUUUUCAGGUACUACUUUCUGUUGACGGAGCAGUAUUCUCUGCGAGCCAUGUUCUACACGACCACGUUGGACAAGGCUAUUGCUUUCUCGGUGUUCCUCUUGCCGACGCUGCUCUUCUUCGCCUUCCUUGCGGGUUAAGAAAAAAGGCGUCGACCCGUGCAUGCAAUAAAUUAGUGCGUCCUCUAUGCAAAUUAGUGCAUCGAGGACGUCUAGAAAUGGUUUCAAUCACAUAAUGCAAAAAUAAGAAUGCAAGAGUAAAAUGGACUAAUGCAAAAAUAAGAAUGGAUUUUUCCACUGUGAGUUUCACGGUUGACAUGGUUCUUGAAUUUGUCGAGAAAAGCUUCGACAUUGAAGAUCAUUGAGUAUCAUCUGCCACUAACCUGGGGCUUCGUAUAC